AUGAUUGCAACUAUUCCUUCAUCAUCAGCAUUUUUUGUGGCAUUCCUCUUUGCUACCAGCUUCCUCUCGACCUUUCCUGAAGUUGUUCUGGCUACUUCAAAGCAAGGAAGUGUCACAAGGCACUAUAAGUUUGAUAUAAGGCUGAAAAACUUUACAAGACUAUGUCACACUAAAAGCGUAGUCACUGUUAAUGGAAAAUUCCCUGGGCCUAGAGUUGUUGCAAGAGAAGGUGAUAGAAUAGUAGUUAAGGUGGUUAAUCAUGUUCCAAAUAAUGUCAGCAUACACUGGCAUGGAGUGAGACAACUUCGAAGUGGUUGGUCAGAUGGUCCAUCUUACAUAACUCAAUGCCCCAUUCAAACUGGCCAGAGUUAUGUGUACAACUUCACCAUUGUUGGGCAAAGAGGGACUCUCUUUUGGCAUGCCCACAUUUCAUGGUUAAGAGCCACUUUAUAUGGACCUCUUAUCCUCCUCCCUAGGCGCAACGAAUCUUACCCAUUUCAGAAACCCUACAAGGAAGUCCCCAUCCUCUUUGGUGAGUGGUGGAAUGUGGAUCCAGAAGCUGUCAUUGCACAAGCCCUUCAGACAGGUGCUGGCCCAAAUGUCUCUGAUGCCUACACAAUCAACGGACUUCCUGGACCCCUCUACAAUUGCUCCAAUAACGAGACAGACACAUUCAGGUUAAGGGUGAAACCAGGGAAGACAUAUCUUCUUCGUUUGAUCAACGCUGCACUCAACGAUGAACUUUUUUUCAGCAUUGCAAACCACACCCUGGUAACCGUUGAAGCUGAUGCAUCUUACGUUAAACCAUUUGAAUCUGAGAUCAUACUCAUUGGGCCAGGACAAACCUCAAAUGUUCUAUUAAAGACAAAACCACAAUACCCAAAUGCCACUUUCUUCAUGCUAGCAAGACCAUAUUUCACUGGGAUGGGAACCUUUGACAAUUCCACAGUUGCUGGCAUUCUAGAGUACAAGAAACCACUUGCUUUAAAAAACGUUACCCCUUUGAAACCCUCACUUCCAGCCAUCAAUGACACUUCCUUUGUUGCCAACUUCAGUAGCAAAUUUCGAAGUUUGAAUAGUGCCAAGUACCGUGCCAACGUGCCUCAAACUAUUGACAAGAGUUUUUUCUUCACGGUUGGACUUGGAACAAGUCCAUGCCCAAAAAAUCAAACCUGCCAAGGACCAAACAAUAGUUCAAAGUUUGCUGCUUCCAUAAACAACAUAUCUUUUGCUCUACCUUCUGUGGCACUUCUUCAACAACAUUUCUUAGGGCAAGCUAAUAAUGGUAUUUACACCACUGAUUUCCCAGUUGUUCCAUUGAUGCCAUUUAACUAUACAGGGACCCCACCAAACAACACAAGGGUCACCAAUGGAACCAAAACAGUGGUGAUUCCGUUUAACACUAGAGUGCAAGUGGUGCUCCAAGACACAAGCAUUUUGGGAGCUGAGAGCCACCCCUUGCACCUUCAUGGAUUUAAUUUCUAUGUUGUGGGUCAAGGUUUUGGAAACUUCAAUCCUAACACUGACCCUCCAAAAUUCAAUCUUGUUGACCCCGUUGAAAGGAACACUGUUGGUGUGCCCUCUGGUGGUUGGGUUGCAAUUCGAUUCCUUGCUGACAACCCAGGUGUUUGGUUGAUGCACUGCCACUUUGAUGUGCACCUUAGCUGGGGGUUGAGGAUGGCUUGGAUUGUUGAGGAUGGGAAGCUCCCUAAUCAAAAGUUGCCUCCUCCACCAGCUGAUCUCCCUAAAUGUUGA